CCAAACUCAAUUUUCCCUCCAAGUAGUACCGCAACAUUAGAGUAACAAACCUGCUAAUCUCUCUCCACAUCUCUCUCAACGAAUAAGCUCCCUAUAUAAUCCCCAUUCAACCUGGAAUCAGUUAGUCAGUCUUCUGCUCCCCACUAUCUCUCACCAGAGCACUCCUCCAUCGCCUCCUCCAAGAUCGCAUUCUCAACUGCUCAGCCGCGCAGGGCCUCCGGCCAUGGCUCUCCCCCUCAUCUGGCCAUCUCUCUAGACUCUCUCCCCUAUUUCUUGAGUUGUGGAAUCUGCAGACUCGAAGAUCCAAACCACCCCAUCCUUUUCGCCUGCGCUUGGUGAGGGCAGGUCACAGGAAUCGACAUUUCAACCAAAGGAUUCCUCUCUACAGUUUGUGUACCUUCUCUCUAAAAUUCCUGAUGCUUAUUUCUGAGAGUUAGAUCAACUAGGGUUAAAUAAAACUGGAUGGCUUGCUCUCUGUUAGAGCUAUAUACACCAUGUGUUCGAUGAAAAGCACCGGUACCACCAUCUAAAUUCCAUGUUUAUUUCUGUACAAGAAACAAAAUUAGUUCCCACUGAUGAUUAUUGAAGUUCUGAUCAAACAUGCAGUUAUUUGAUAAACCGUGGUAGCAUCUGCUAGACAAUCUGAACAGGUUAAUGACAUAUGUUCAGUGACAUUGACUACAUUAUUGUGAAAUGAAUUAAUUGGAUUUAUGUUGCCAGAUCUAUGUAAUUAGUUGUGUGCAAAAUAUUCCUGUUUAGAUAUCUUGAUAAUGCUAAGUACCGAAUCAAAAUGUAUGCUCCGACUAAUAAUCAAAGUUUAUGCAAAGUACAGAAGCAGGGGAAGAUUCUUGUGUGAAAUAGUCAAUUUUAGGUUACUGCAUUCAUUCUCACUUUUAUCUCCACCUCUACCAUGUGGAACUGAAAAUUUGUUAUGCUCGUAUCUCUGGCUGUACUUCCAAACCCAAACAAGCAGGUCAUAUGUGUGUUCUUGUCUAUAAUGAAUAUAGUGCCCCUGUCUUAACUGAAAGUUUAGUAGUACUUACCGCAUUUAAGCUCAAUUAUAUGCAUCCAGUUAUAUCAUAUUAAGCCAUUUAUAAUUUAUAGUUAUCUCUUUGAACAAUUCAUAAGUUUUCAAUAGAUGUAGUUUUCCAAUUUCUGCAAAGCAUACGAUUUUCAUGUAGAGGCGGUCAACCUGUAGCUUUUCUCUUGUAGCUGCCAUAUUACACUCUGCUUUAGCUUUAACAUUUAAGAGCAAUUGAUGAUUUAUUUGCUUUCCAGUACUGUGGGAAUGGAAGGUGCUGAGAAAAAGGAAUAUUUAUUUGUUUGGUUCUUUUCUGGAUUCUUCUCUAGCUGAAAGUGCUACAUCCAUUAUAUUUUUGUCAUGCAUAUACUACACUUAUAACUGUAUAGUCUUCUAAUCUUUUACUCCUUGUGCAGAGAUAGUUGUAGUUGGUACAAUAUUCCCGUAUAGUCAAGCAUACAUACACAUAGAUUAAUUCGUGCUCUUGAAAUACAGUAAGCCAAUUUUGCAGGCAAAAUGGCUGGAAAGAAAAGGUUGAACAUAGUACAUAGCAGCUGUCACCAUGGAAAUGGAGAGGGAAGUAGCAGCGGACAAUCAUUGCCACAAGUCGAGCCUCCUCUACCAUAUGAAGACGAGGUGAUUCAUGUUGAGCAGCAAGAUGAUGAGCCCCUCAACAUGCCUGUACAAGAUGAAGAGGUGAAGAAGCGCAAGGGGACAACCUUGCGAUAUGUUUGGGAUCUUCCACCUGGGAAACGUAUAGUUGUAAAAUGCAACAGAUUAGGGCAACCUAUCGGGGAUGAAGGUGGAUUGCUAGGACAGUUUUUGGGCACAUUAGCAAGAAAUGGAGCUUACUGUCCAUUAGAUAAGAUGACCUGGAGAAAGAUCAAAGCAGAUGAAGGAGAUUUAACAAUACUACAAUUUGUCCAGACAAAUUUCCUGUACCCUCCAUCAUGCGUUCAAUGGAUACUGAAAUCAAUUGGAAGAGAUUGGAGGCGAUACAAGGCUGCACUAAAAGAUAAAUAUUUUAACCCAAAGAAGAAGCGUUCUGCUCUGUAUAAGCUUUGUCCAGACGAUGUAGAAAAAGACCAAUGGAUUCCACUUAUCAAAUAUUGGAAGUCAAAAAAAGGAAAGGCCCUCAGUGCAAAGAACAAAAGAAGUCGUUCAAUGUUACAGAACCCUCACUCAGCAGGGACAAAGAGUUAUGCUCGUUGGUCUGAGGACUUGAGACAAGAUGAUCCAAAUAAGAAGCAGCCACAUAGAGCAAUGGUUUACUUAGCAACUCACAAAAAAAAGGAUAAAGAUAAAAAUCAACACGUGGUCACAUUGGAGAACCUCAUCGAUGAACAACCAGAGUUGGCACAAAAUGACCAAGGAAGAGUUGCAUGGGAAGGUGAUGCGCUAAAUAAAGUAUUGGGCAAAGAAAAACCUGGCCAAGUGCACGGAAUGGGAUUACUUCCUGUUCCUAAGCAGGUUUAUGGUCGUACAUCACAUCAUCUCAAGAACAUAAACAUCACUACAGUGAAUGACUCAUCAUCGAAUGAAGAGACACAUGUUAGAGGGGAAGUGGGGGAAUUAAAAAAAUUAGUCAAAACACUGGGUCAGCGUAUUGAGGAGUUGGAAAACAAAGGAACAAGCAAUGGGAAUAGUGAACCAACUAUGGCAACAUCUCAGAGAACUUUUGAUGAUGGUAUUGAAGAGGGAGUAGUACGGACUAAUAGAAAGAGGGUUCGAUGCAGUAGACCUGAUCAAGACGACUCAAUGAGUAAUCAAAGAAAUAUAUCAAUGAACAAAAGAAGAUGUGAGGAACAGCAAAAUAUGCACCAUGACAAUAUUCUGGAUCUUUGUGGCAAAAAGCACCAGGAGGCUGAUAACAACAUAGGAUCACCAUGUCAAGAUGAUUCAUCAUCACAGCCACACCUUGCUCAUGAUCUUCGGUGGGAGGUAGUUCUUGAAUGCCUAUUAAAAUUGUACUUGUUUCUCAAUGUGUUUUAUCCAUCUCACUACGAUAUUAGAGUGAAAUAUAAACACGUUGUUGGGAGAACUCCUAGUUAGGCAAUGCUACAUCUGUGAAUGCAUCAUUUGUGUGAAACAUAAAC